AUCGACCAAGAAACACAGAGAAAAAUAAUCGAUCAUCCGUUUUUCAUAAUAAUAAAUUACAGGAAAAGGCGGCAAUCCCAUUUCAUAUCCAAUUUCUUACAUGGCAAAGUCGCUGCUGUUGUAUCUACAUUACUAUUCCCCCAUCGCCACCAGCACUAGGUCAACAAGAAUAAUCUGUUCAACCGGCGGUGGCGGCAAGAAGAACCCGUCGGACCACCCGAGAAGGAGCCACCGGGCGAACCACGACCCGGCCAAACUGAAAAACAAGCAGAAAAACAUGGACCCCGCCGCCGCCGGAGAGGGCGGAGGAGGGCGGAGGCAUCCUCUAUCGGAGGUGGUCUCCGAUUGCGUCAGGCGGUGGUUCGAGGAUACGCUGAGGGAUGCCAACGCCGGCGACAUAGGGAUGCAAGUGCUCGUGGGUCAGAUGUAUUGCGCUGGCUAUGGUGUCCCCAAAGAUGUCGCAAAGGGGAGAGCUUGGAUUGAUAGGGCUUCAAAGACUCGAUCUUCUGCUAAGAAAGUGGGAGAUAAGCACCCUGGUUACAAUGCAAGUGACUCCGAUUCAUAAGAAGCUGCACAUUGACCAUUAUUAUCUGAAAGCAUGAGCAGGAUAGGUGAGCUUAAUCAGAUUUUGGGCAUUUCUCAUUGUCAUAUUGUGCGCUUCUAAGUGGGAUACUUUUGGUUCU